GCGACAGAACAUCUUUCAGUUGAUCCUCAUCAUACUCCAUGUGUUUCUUCAUGUUCCUCUCCUCUUCGUCAUUCAUCUUUUCUCUCGUGUAGUCAUUGCAAUGCCGAUGUCCAAUCAGUGCUGGCCAGAGGAGUUUGGCUUCCAGCUGGGAGGAAGUGGUCCCAGCUACAUCCUGUCUGUGGAAGAGGGGAGCAGUGCCUACCUGGCGGGGCUGCAGCCAGGUGACCAGGUGCUGGAGAUCGAGGGCCAGAAUGUGUCCACUUUGGGAUUCCAGGCUGUCAUCGCCAUCGCUCAGGCCCAGAGGAACAUCCCUCCCAGCAUCGGAGUUGUGUCUCGCAUCCAGCAGAUGGACAUCACUCCGGGUCCUGACGGUCGUUUCGGCUUCACCAUCGUGGGAGACUGCCCCCUCCUGGUGGAGGAUUGUUCCCCCUGCUCCCCGGCAGGACGAGGUGGCCUGCGGGCCGGUGACUACGUCAUGGAGGUCAACAGGAUCCCGGUGAGGCACCACGAGAUGGCGGCGGCGCUGAUCAAGGCGUCCCAGGGGCGUACGCUGAGGCUAGGGGUGCUGUGUCUGGGGCCCAGACGGAAAAUACGCAGCAGUGAGAGUAUGGAUGAGAUACAGCUUGAGGGAGACGGGAUGAGGACGGACCGCAAACACAAGGCCCUGGAGUUCAACAGGAAGAUUGACCAGAUUUUGGGGGAGGAGCCUGAGGUGAAGGAGAAGCUGUUUGCAGUGCUGAAGCAGUAUGCUGCGGAGAAGAAGGUUGAUUGGCUGGCCUCUGUCCUCCCAGACAUCCUUACCACUGAUGAGCAGCAGACGCUCAUCGGCCACAUCAGGAUCUUCAUCCCCAAGAAGCACCGGCAGCGGUUCGACGAGGCCGUUUCCCAGAGCCUGAUCCAGAGGAUCUGUCGCAGUAAGAGCAUCAGCGAGCCGGGCCCGCAGGGCCGUCUGAGACGUAGCCGCAGCGAGGACCACCCCGACCGCCACUACGGCUCCAAACGGGCCAGUUCAGUACCCCGGGACCCUGGGGAGGACGGAGGGGGAAAGGAGAGAGGAGAGAGGGGGUACAGGAAGUCUAUGUCGGGCAUACAUGUGCAUCAAUCAGGAGCCAAUCAGAGCCUCCAUGCUCCCCCUAGGACAGUAAGGGUUUACAGAGGGAAGAAGAGUUUUGGGUUCACCCUGAGGGGGCAUGCCCCUGUCUGUAUCGACUCUGUCAUCCCAGAUUACACCUCUAGGACAGUAAGGGUUUACAGAGGGAAGAAGAGUUUUGGGUUCACCCUGAGGGGGCAUGCCCCUGUCUGUAUCGACUCUGUCAUCCCAGACAGCCCUGCUGAAGACUGUGGUCUCAAACCAGGCGACCGCAUUCUUUUCCUCAAUGGGCUGGACAUGAGGAGCUGUUCCCAUGAGAAGGUGGUGUCCAUGCUGCAGGGCAGUGGUGCGAUGCCGACCCUGGUGGUGGAAAGCGGCCCCUCUGGUUACUCCCUCCCUGACCAGGGGGACCAGGAGGACACUUCCCCAAGCGUGGCCCCCUCAGUGGCCCCAAGGUCCCGCUCCCCAGUCCCCCUCAGCUCCCUGCAGUGGGUGGCUGAGAUCCUCCCCCCCAGCAUCAGGGUCCACGGACGCACCUUUAGCCAGCAGCUGGAUCACCUGCUCACCGUACAGGAGAGAUACACCAUCUGCAAGGCCCUGGAGACCUUCUUCCAACACAGGAACGUGGACACCCUGAUUGUUGAUGUGUUCCCGGUGUUGGACACUCCAGCCAAGCAGGUGAUCUGGCAGUUCAUCUACCAGCUGCUGACCUACGAGGAGCAGGAACACUGUCAGAGCAAGAUCUCACGCUUCCUGGGCUUCAAGACCGCAGCAGCAGAGCCUGAGCCAGAGCCAGGUGCAGGACAGGAGCACCACAGGAGGAGCAGCUCAGUGCGUGUGUCAGGCUCCUCCUACAGAGGCACCAUACGGGAGAGGAGCUCUGACGACUGCAUCAUCGGAACACACCUGGGAAUGGGGAUUCAUGUGGAUGCACCAGGGAGUGGGACACCUGGAGAGAGACAGUGUGGAGACGGCACCUCCUUCCCAGAGUCCCCUGACCUGAAUCACAUGUCAGGAGUGUACACAGAGCUGGAGAGUGUGUACACAGAGCUGGAGAGUGUGCAUACAGGGAAGAAUGCCAUGAAGGCCAUGCAACAGAGUCACAGUCGUUGCUCUCCACUGACCCUACCAGACUUUGAGGAGCUGGGACAGACUGACGCCUAUGGCCAGUCUCCUGCUCGCUCCUCCCUCAGUCAAGGUAGCACAGGUAACACAGACACACACACACACACACACACUCACACACACACACCGUUGACAUGGCAACCACUUGAAGCCAAUGGUCAGUAUAUCAUAAAGGUUACAACAACAUCACCAUUAACGUUGUCACUCAUGCUCGCUUUAAGGAUGACAAAUGAGAUGAUUUGGAACCGUAAAUCAGGUCUGUCUCUGACAUGGAAGGAGCCUCUGCCCGACCCUCUGUAUGAGUUCUAUCAUGAGGGAGCCACCCCAUCUCCCGGCAGCGUUGACUCCAACCCCUACGUGAGCCUGGAGAGCCCCCCUCCGUCUCCCCAGCACUCUGACGACCCCACCAGCCCCCUGUCCAGACGCAGGAAGCUGUUCACCUUCUCCAGACCCCCCCGGAGCAGGGACACGGACAAGUUCCUGGACGCUCUGAGCGAACAGCUGGGACACCGUGUCACUCUGGUGGAUAACUUCCUCCCUGGAGAGAACGAUUAUGAGGAGAUGAGUUUCCAGGAUGAGCAGGAAGUGAGCUACCUCCCCCGUCAGCUGAGCAGUGCCAGCAGUGAGGACAUCAGCAGCAACGAUGACGCCACCUCCCUCACCUACUCCUCCGGGUCAGAACACAUCCCCAUUCCCCCGCCCCCCCAGAGCGCCCCGCCGCCCCCGCCCUUCCCCACCCCCCUACCCCCGCCACCAUUCGGCUUCUCCGACCCCCUCCCCAUUACCUCGGUCCUCUCUCACUUCUCCCCUGAACAUAUCCCCCGGGCGCGCAUGUCCUUCCAGCCACAGCACCCCAUCAUCCCCCCUCCCCCGCCCCCUCCACGGACCUUCACGUACAACAGGCCGACCCUACACAAGGUGCUGCCGACCAGGGAUGAACUACAGGGCCGUUUCCACCACCAAGCACCCCCGAUGACUCUCCCCCUGGCCCCUUGCUACUCUCCCCAGCCCUCUCGCCCCAGGAACCUGCCCCGCCAGGCCAGCCAGCCUCAGCCCCUGACCCAGCCCAUCCUGUGUCCCCAGCCCUCCCCUCAGCCCAACAGGCAAAGCCAGCUCGCCCUCCAGAGGCACCACCAGCUUCACCACCAGCCCUACCAGCCCCGGCUGAGCAACCAGCCCUACCAGCCCCAGCUGAGCCACCAGCCCUACCAGCCCCAGCUGAGCCACAGCCUGCCCCCCCAGCCUCCACACCUGUCCCAGCCCCAGAGUCACCCCCCCCAGGCCCCUAACCUGUCCCAGCCCCAGAGUCACCCCCCCCAGGCCCCUCACCUGUCCCAGCCCCAGAGUCACCCCCCCUGGCCCUUCACCUGUCCCAGCCCCAGAACCUAUGAGACCCCUAUCUCAGUGUCAGAGCUCCAGAAACACAAGGUGCCCCCACCGCCCCCUCCACCACUGCCGCCCCCGUGCGACCCGCCUCCACUGCCCAAUUCCAGUCCCUGUGCUGGGGACACCAACCACAUGAGUGUCAAGAGGCUACGCUGGGAGCAGGUAGAGAACUCUGAGGGGACCAUCUGGGGACAGCUUGGAGAGGACCCUGACUAUGACAAGCUGAGUGACAUGGUGAAGUACCUCGAUCUAGAGCUGCACUUUGGUACCCAACAGAGUUCCAAGCCAGCCUUCCUGCCCGAGAGCUUCAAAAAGAAAGACGUGGUGGAGAUUCUGUCUUAUAAGAAGGCCUACAACGCCUCCAUCCUGAUCGCCCACCUGAAGCUAUCUCCAGGUGAACUGCGUAAGGUGCUGUUGACAAUGACCACAGACAGGCUAGAGCCGGCCCACAUCAAGCAGCUGCUGCUGUACGCCCCCGAUGACCAGGAGGUCAAACAGUAUCAACGCUUCGACCAGGACUCCGCCAAACUCAGCGACCCUGACCAGUUUGUCCUGCAGAUGCUGAUGGUCCCUGAGUAUAAGACUCGUCUGCGGAGCCUCCAUUUUAAGACAACCCUGCAGGAGAAGGCAGAGGAGAUGAAGGCUGGAUACGAAUGUAUCUACAAGGCCUCAGUGGAACUCAGGAGCAGCAAGAAGCUGGCCAAGAUCCUCGAGUUUGUUCUGGCAAUGGGGAAUUACCUGAAUAAUGGUCAACCCAAGACAAACAAAACCACUGGCUUUAAGAUCAACUUUCUCACUGAGCUCAGCACCACUAAAACAGUGGAUGGUAAAUCCACCUUCCUCCACAUUCUUGCCAAAUCGCUAUGCCAACACUUCCCAGAACUGCUGAACUUUGCCAGGGACCUCACAACCGUACCACUCGCAGCCAAAGUGAAUCAGCGAAUCCUGACAGCUGAGCUGGGUGACCUCCACUCCACCAUCCAGGACAUCAGGACAGCGUGUCAGAGGAUCCCUGCCACGGCUGAGGACCACUUCGCUGCCGUCAUGAGUGGCUUCCUGGAGAACAGUCACCCUGCGGUUCAGUCUCUGGACUCUCUGCAGCUGAGAGCCAUGGACGAGUUCACUAAGGUGGCCUCUUACUUCGGAGAGGACAGCAAAGCCACCUCCACUGAGGCCUUCUUCGCCAUUUUCGCUGAGUUUACUUCCAAGUUUGAGAGAGCACUGAAUGAGACCCAGGCUACAGAGAACCCCUGCAUCCCUAGAGUGGCCUCUCCCCUGGCCUGGUAAAGACGAGAGACUGGAUAACCCUUCUGCUCUCCUCAACCAAAGUGCCAAGACAACACAAAGAAACAGUCACAGCUACUUGGACACAAACAACAUGAUCUUCAACACUGCGGAAUGACCUAUGGCCAGGAGUUCUUCCUGACCAUGUGAUCUGACCAGAAAGAACUCUGAGCCCUAGGGCCCACAGUUGUCCCUGGAAAGGUCAAGUGGUACAAGAAAUUAGUAAUGAAGAUGAAUAUGUUUAGAUAAGAGUAUAUAUUUGAUAUUGGAUUAUAUGAAAUUGAAAUUAUAUUGAAAUUGUAAAGCAUAGAUGUAUAUGGAAAUGACAUUUUAGAUGGCUGAUAGUCAACCGUAUAGGAAUGUUACCUAGAGCUGAGCACUAUUUUUACAGAUGGACUUGAUCUGAAAAGUGCACAACAACAGAAACUCGUAUUCCAUUCACACACACUCACUGCCUCUUAGAUGAUGUGAUGAUAGAAAGCAGUAUUAACCUACCAAGAAUCAUUACAUUGGCAUGACAAUAGUACUGUGAAUUAUUAUAGAAGCUUUCUGGUGCCAACGUACCCGCAGUCAUCCUAACGUUUGGCGUUUCAAAAGUUGCACUUGGCAAGGGAAACAAAAAAAGAAUUCCAGACUCCUGCGGGUUUUAAGUGUUUUACAGUAUGAUGAACCACAUGAAAUAAGAGGGUUAACCCACUGGGGCUAAUAUAUGGAUAGCUGCUUACGGAAAGACAUCAAUCCAUUUUAGCAUUGAGUGGUCUAGGCAGCUCUUACUGUCACUGUGGUUGUUAUUGAUGAACCGUCCAUCUCACUGCCAUAACUUUAUUUUGUAUCUUGUUUUAGAACAAAUGUUCACUUUUUUCUGAUGUUAAUUUAAAGCUGUUUUGAUGGUAUUUCUUUAUUACUGUACGUGUUUCUACUUUCCCUCCAUAAUUCCUUUUUACAUUUGAAUUUCAGUCAGAGCUGCCAUCAUGAAAAUACAGAUGUAUUUAUUUACAGACCUAUCGUACCAGGCUUGCAAUUUGUCAUCAUGUUCAAAAAGACACUGCAGCACAUUUAAAUAUUGCCACUAGUGCAGUACAGUGUUGACAACUGUCUGAAGCAUUUGCAUGUUUGUAUAGGUGUUGUUUUGUGUUAUAUCUGGAUUUGUUUACUUUUAUUCUAUUCUGACAAAUUGGGUCUGAAAUGUAGGCCUAUUAUAACAUUUGGUCGAUUUAAGUUUAUUGUUCAUUUAUUGAAAUGUUCAUUUUGUAAAAGUGUCUUUUAUAUGUUUUCAUUGAUAUUAUUGGAGUACUUUGUAUAGUUAAAAAAAUGUUGACUUUUUAUGUUGGCCAUAUGGUUGCUUCUGGAUCAGUUGUAUUUGUUAUGGAUCCGUAAAAAAAAACAUGAAUGCUUGACAAAUAAAUCUGCCUGAUACACUCGA